AUGUCUAAGAGCAUUGAUCUACUUGUACAAGACUGCAUCAUUGGGUUUGAAGACCUAUAUGUACAACUGGAAAAUCCGGAUAACCAUUAUAUUUACAAACCCGAAGAACUCGUCAAAUUCAACGACGGGCGUAGUCGAUUCGCUCGAUGGUCGAGAAAUGCUGGAGCAGGCUCACUUGAAAGAAAACUACAGAACAACGGGCGUGUCAAAGAGCAAGCCAUCCGGCUUCUGAGCCAUAUACAGAGAUUACUCGAAGAUGCCCACGCAAUCACAGUCGGUUGUCGGGAACCUUGGGAUCAGAUCAGCGACGAGGACGAGGAGAACCCCCAAUCAAAAGACGAGAGGGAACCACUAAUCAGCUUCCCUGAAACAGAGAUAGAGCAGGUUCUGGCCCAUAUAGCCGAUGCUAUUGACAAUCUCUCAUAUCUGGGUUCGGCAUUGAGAGAAACAAUCGCUGAUGACAGAACAAAGAACGAAACCUCGCAUUAUGAGCCCUUCGAUAUUCAGCACGUUCGCUCGAAGUACCCUGUGGUCGACGAGGUCAUAGCAGAACGCCUUGGGAAAGCCAUCUCAGCCAGGCGACAACUCUUUCGGGGACAACAAUCGGCAGCGGCAGAGCUGGGCUCCCACCCUGAAGAAGGCCGACUAGCAGGUGAACCAACACUCAAGGGCCUUACCAACCAAUUUACUUUAGUAGCCUUGACCGACCAAGGAAGCGAGCACCAGGAGGAUUUUGAUGAGGCCUCAUCUGAAACGUCAUACAUAGCUUCUGACGAUCUAAAAGCUCGUCAAAUUCCUCCUCUCCCACAAAGAGCACGCGAGGGAGAGCUAUUUCGAUGCCACCUGUGCCAUAAGAUGGUCAGAGGGCUGUCAGCAACGGCUUGGAAAAAACACGUGUAUAGUGAUCUCCGACCUUAUCUUUGCCUGGAACAAGACUGUUCUAUGCCUCAACAUCGAUAUGCUCGCCGAAAGGACUGGAUCAGCCACGUUCUUCAGGAACAUUGGAAAAUCUAUACUUGCUGUUUGGGAUGCAACCUGCGAUUUGCCUCGAGAAACGAAUGCAGAGAACAUCUUGCGCAAAACCACGCAAACGCUACAAACCCUUCUGAAAUUGAAGAGCUUGUCUGGCUCAGUACCAUGAACAAGACAGAGAUUCCCGAUAAAACAGCAUGCCCUCUGUGCAAGAAGCGUCUGAGGAGCACGGAAAUAUAUCAAAGUCACAUUGGAAAACAUCAGAAACAACUGGCACUCUUUGCAAUUCCCCGCGGCCUUAUCACGGCACACGAAACGCCAUUACAGCACAAUACAAAUGCAGGAAUACAUGGGUUGGACCCUGCAUUCCGCGAAGCUGGAACAUCCCAAAAUGUGGACGUUAUUUCGCUGGACAAAGACCAGAAAGAGAGAACGGCACAAGCUGCUUCAGAGCUCGACGAAAAAUCCGGUACAUCCAUGAGAACGACCGACUACUUUUCGAUAGGAAAGGAGGCUGAUUUAGGAGGGCGAACUCAAUCAGAAUUGGGUAGCUUUGCUGGUAGUAGCAGUAACCCAGGACGACAGAGAGGCGUACCGAGGCAGUGGCAGUGCUGUAACUGUGACUGUGGAUGGAUGAGCUUGGCACUUGAACCGUCUUGUCCAUCCUGCCAAAUACCGCGUUGCAAUAGCUGCAUGUAUGCCUAA